AAGUGACAUGUGCUCAGUUUGACCAUCUGACAGUGAGGCAAGAGGAGACAUGUUAUACACAGACCUCAGACUGAAGAUGAUGACGCUGAUAUGGAUUACAGCGAUGCUUUUUAAUAAAAUUGAUUCUGCACAGACAAACGAUGUCAGUCAGCCGGACCCAAUGAUCAUUGCUGGUGUGGGUGAUAACGUGACUCUGCACUGCUUUAUACUGAGAGAAGAUAACUCUGGAUCCAUCGUCUGGUACAAGCAAAAAGUCGGACACGAGCCUUGUGUAAUGGUCACAGUUCUACAGCAAACCAGUUUCGAAGAUGAGUUCAAGUCACCGAGAUUCAGCAUCAAGAAAGAAGAAAGGAAUUACCAUUUAAAAAUUGUUAACGUGGAACCAUCAGAUGAAGCUGUGUAUUACUGUGGAUAUAGAAAAUUUUUAACAAGGUUUGGAAAUGGAACAUUUUUAUCAGUGAAAGGUGAUGGAGAUGUAAAAGUGUCAGUGUUCCAGAGCGGCGUGUCGGACUCGGUUCCUGCAGGAGCGUCAGUGACUCUGCAGUGCUCGGUUCUCUCUGAGAGAAGAUCAGCAGAACUCCAAGUGCUCUGGUUCAGAGCUGCUCCACCACAAUCCCAUCCUCAAAUCAUUUACACUCAUCACAACAGCAGCCAUCAGUGUGAGAGCGGCUCUUCUACACACACCUGUGUGUACAACUUCUCCAAGAACAUCCUCAGUCUCAAUGAUACUGGAACUUACUACUGCGCUGUGGAUGUGUGUGGGAAGAUCAUUUUCGGGAACGGGACACGAGUACAGUUGGAAGAAUCUGUGGAUCCUGUAGUGAUCUUUCUCGCUGUAUCUUUGGGAGUGUGUGUGGUUGUGAUCUUUACUCAUGCUGUAACGUGUAAAGGGGGAAACUGUGAAUGUUGCACUGGGAAAACUCAAGAUUCUAUGGUAAAGAAAACACCAAAUCAGAGCCGUGAUGCAGUGGAGCUGAAUUUUGCUGCCUUACACGUCAAUAAAAGGAGAAGAAAAGGGGAACGAGCUCGUGAUAAUGUGUAUAGUGAAGUGAUUUACUCUUCUGUUUCUUAGAUAAUAGAUGUCACUGAUUUUCUCAUGUUAAAGAUGCUCAUGUUCAUAAUGUUCAGCCUGAUAGGAAAUCGUUUACUGGUGAUUAAUUAAUUAAUUAAUUGAGGUUGAGGUGUCCCAAGUGUUACAAGAAUAAAUAAAUAAAUAAAUAUAUAUAUAUAUAUAUAUAUAUAUAUAUAUAUAUAUAUAUAUAUAUAUAUAUAUAUACAUAUAUGUUUUUAUGCUUUUACCAGGUAACAGACAAAAGCCCAAAACAGAUUGUCUUUUAGCUAUAGCGAGUUAAUAUUAGAUAUUUAGUAUAGAGUAAGGGUCUAAUACUUUGCCACUAUUUGUAUUUUAUUUGUUUAGUGGUACUAUAAAUUUCUCUUUUUUAUUGUAUUUGGAUUUAGAUUUUUUAAAAUUAUUAUUAGUUUAAAACAUUAUUUGUUCAGUCUGAAUAAUGCAUUCAUAUCCAUGCCACAUCAGCCAUCAGACUACAAACAUGACCGCCAUGGACUAUAACUCCCAACACACACUCACUGUCAUGCUCAAGCUUACAGUACCUGAUUACUGAUCUAACACACCUGGACUCUCUCUCACACACACACACACACACACACACACACACACACACACACACACACACACAAUAUAAGCACACACAAAACACUCAAUCAACGUGAACUCAGUGUUGACCUGUUCACCUGACAUACCAUGCCCCCCCGCAAGUUCAUCUGGUUACUGAUCCUGUACCCUUGACACUGUUUGUUGAUCUUCUGACAUUCUGCAUGUUUCUGACCAUCAUAUUGUUUACAAUUUACAAUUGUUAAUUGCCUUUUAUAAAAAUAAAGCACUUCCUGAA